AUGGAGUGUGUGGUGCGUGCGCUUGGAGCGUGGCACCCAUCAAGAGAUCUGGGUGGCGGGGCCGGGCCAGGGAGCACUGCUUUGACUAUAAAAGUUGCGAUCGCGACAUUUGGAGACAUAGUUCAGUGCAGGAGCCGCAGCAGCCACCAACCAAGUCAGCAAAUCCACCAAAUCCCAAGCCAAGUCCAAGCCAAAAUGUUCGCUCUCGUUUCACUCUUCAUCCUGGGCGUUGGAGCCGCCGCCGCUAUCGAGCUGCCGAUCAGCCCCCUUUACCACUCACCGGCUUUGGUGAAGCCCCUGCUGAAGACCAUCGAGGUGGAGGCACCUGCCCACUACGACUUUGCCUACUCGGUGCACGACGAGCACACCGGCGACAUCAAGAGCCAGACGGAGUCCCGGAAGGGUGACCAGGUCCAGGGUCAGUACACGCUGGUGGAUGCCGAUGGCUAUCUGCGCACCGUGGACUACACCUCGGAUGCCCACAACGGCUUCAACGCGGUGGUGCGUCGCGAUCCUCUGGGCCACAAGGUGAUCAAGGCCGCACCCAUUGCCAAGCUCCUGGCACCCGGCCCCUUGCCCCUGGCCUACGGGGCCCCCAAGCUCCUCGCCCCCGCCAAGCUGCCCCUCGGCCUCUACCACUAAGCUCUGGGC